GGGUCAAUGGGAGGAGGGAUGAGGAAGCCGCUGUUGCAUCCGUGACGGGCGCCUGAGGAGCCGGCGCUUGGGACAGCCCCUUUGCUGCUGGCUCGGGGGGAGGGAGAGGAGGAGGAGGAGGAGGAGGAAGAAAAAGGAGGAAGGAGGAGGAGUGAGCAAGCGCGGCCAUGAGCUCAGCCCCGGCCCCCGGCGCCGCCUGAGGAGCCCCGGCCCCCUCCCCGAGGCCUCCGCCGCCGCCAUGGCCCACUCCCCGGUGCAGGCGGGCCUGCCGGGCAUGCAGGGGACACUGAACCCAGAAGAUGGUACGAGUUCACUGGGAAUUUGGAAGCAUGUCUUGGAGAUCCAUCUUAUUGAUAAAGAACUAAAAGUUUCGUAUGCUGAAUCCCAGAUAAAUGCAGUUUCCUUGAAAACUCUGAAGGCAGAUCCGGAAGAACUGUUUACAAAACUGGAGAAAAUUGGUAAGGGCUCUUUUGGUGAAGUUUUCAAAGGAAUUGACAAUCGGACUCAGAAAGUGGUUGCUAUAAAAAUUAUUGAUCUAGAAGAAGCAGAAGACGAAAUAGAAGACAUCCAACAAGAGAUCACAGUGCUGAGUCAAUGUGACAGUCCAUAUGUAACUAAAUAUUACGGAUCCUAUUUAAAGGAUACAAAGUUAUGGAUAAUAAUGGAAUAUCUGGGUGGAGGCUCUGCACUUGAUCUACUAGAACCUGGCUCACUUGAUGAAACCCAGAUCGCCACAAUACUGAGGGAGAUACUCAAAGGACUUGAUUACUUACACUCAGAAAAGAAAAUCCACAGAGAUAUUAAAGCGGCUAAUGUAUUGCUAUCUGAACAAGGAGAAGUAAAACUGGCAGAUUUUGGAGUAGCAGGACAACUAACAGAUACACAAAUAAAGAGGAAUACCUUUGUGGGAACACCCUUUUGGAUGGCACCCGAAGUCAUAAAGCAAUCUGCAUAUGAUUCAAAGGCAGAUAUCUGGUCAUUAGGCAUAACGGCUAUAGAACUUGCAAAAGGAGAACCACCUCAUUCAGAAUUACAUCCGAUGAAGGUUUUGUUCCUCAUUCCUAAGAACAAUCCACCAACGUUGGAAGGAAACUUCAGUAAAUCCCUCAAAGAAUUUGUUGAGGCCUGCUUGAACAAGGACCCAAGCUUUAGACCUAGUGCAAAGGAACUCUUAAAACACAAAUUUAUUUUACGAAAUGCAAAGAAAACUUCCUACCUGACUGAACUUAUUGAUAGGCACAAGAGGUGGAAAUCUGAACAAAGUCACGAUGACUCCAGCUCUGAUGACUCAGAUACUGAACCAGAUGGCCAGGCUUCAGGUGGGAGUGAUUCAGGAGAGUGGAUCUUUACAAUAAGAGAAAAAGACCCCAAGAAUCUAGAGAAUGGAGCAGCCCAGCCUUUGGAGUUCCAAAGAAAUAAGGAAAAGGACAUCCCAAAGAGGCCUCUAUCCCAAUGCCUGUCUACAGUUAUAUCCCCUUUAUUUGCAGAGUUGAAAGAGAAAAGUGAAGUGUGUGGUGGUAACACAGAUUCCAUAGAAGAACUGCGAAAGGCGAUUUAUUUAGCUGAAGAGGCUUCUCCAGGCAUUGCAGAUAACAUGGUGUCACACCUUGUGCAGAGGCUUCAGAGAUACUCACUAGCUGGAGGAAGUACUUCAUCCUACUGAAGUACUCUUUCUGACUUUUCUAAGACAACGGAGAUCCAAUGGUGUCUGCAGUGAAGAAGCGCGUCCUGAAGUCGUUCUCCCCUCAGUCACCAGAAUGUCCUUUGGCGGAAGGAUGUUCCUAAACGUGCAAGAGUGAAAAUGAAGUCUCUCAGAUGGAGGCAGUCUUUUUCAGCUCCUUAAAGCUAUAGUUUUUUUAAUGACAAUGCACAUAUUCCAGGGAGGUGUCUUUUUGUAAAAUUUGCAAUGUAUAUUUAGGUUUGUGAUAGAGAAAUUGAAGAUAUUGAGAAACCUCAGGUAUCUUGCUUUAAGAAUUCCACUGGGAGAUGGCGUAUGUUUGUUGGAGUUGUGUACAGAUAUGUAUAUAAUGUCUUUUUUUUAAAUGAGAGCCUUUCAACGUGCAUAAGGAAUCACUGUGUACAAAAUGGUAAAGUGCUUCUGUAGAUAAUGUUAGUGGGGUAAAUAUUUGACAGGCCAUAACUGAGUAUUGCCUUGCCUUUAUUACAUGUAAAUCUUGAAUUACGUGAUAAGUGAGUCUUGGAUUGAUUUUUUUUGUAUGUGAAGGAUUUGCCAUUGAAAGAUAGUUAAUCCUGUACAAUGGAACCUUCUAUUCGUACCUCAGCAAAGACACAAUUUUAUUCUGUUUCUCCAGUACUUCUUCCUUUUUAUCUAUAUUCAGAGUGUGACUUUCUGAUUAUGGUACUACUUCUGGUUGUUUUAAAUUGAAUACACCUUGUCUCUCAAAGCUUUAAAUUUAAAUUAUUCUGUUUUGUUUUUGUUUUUUCUUCCUAUAGAAUGAGCUCUUUCAUGUCUUCAGUUUUAAAUUGUGCCAAUGCAAAUUCUGAACCAUAUGUAUUGUUCAAUUUUAGUAAUAGAUACUUGUGAAGCUUGUAGUGAAAAUUCAGAUAAAAUCUCUUUUCCACCUAAACACACUCGAAUGCUCACACAAAUAAAUUUUUUUUUUGCAUUUAUUCUGAAAACUCAUCAAGAUGUUGGCUCUAAGACAGUGGCAAAUGUUUCUUCAUUACGCCUAUUUUUGUCAUUAAAAUUAAUGUCUUGCAGCGUAAGAGAAAAAUGAUCCAUGUAUUCAGUGUUUCGUCUUGCUGCCUAAAUCUGUGCAUCCUUUUACUGAAAGUGAUAGAAAUCAGACAGAAGGACUGCAAAACUGAGCCAAGAGUGGUAUAUGCUAUGUCCUAUUACUAACCCUGGAGGAAAAAAAAGAAAAAAAAGAAAUUUUUUGAAUUCUAAAAUUCCAAGUAUUCCUGUGACAGCUCCUGGAUAGCUGACUUAAGCUUUUAAAUUUCCUUGGAAAUAGUAAUAUUAUUCACAGAGCUGAUUAGGUGGCUUUUUUCCCCACCUACAAUGUUACUUUAAUGUUUACCUUGGCAUGUUUCAUCCAGGCUAUGUGCAGGCGCUUAUUCUUCUGGUACCUAAGAGACCAUUUUUUCAUUUAAUGGAAAUAAAAUGAUGAUUUUAGGUUUUAGACAGUGAGAUAUCUGUUUAAGUGUGUUUUUUGUUGUUUUUUUUUUAAUAAAGGUACAAGAUUUUGAGCAAAGGAUUAAAAUAAGCAUAGGCAUAUCUGUCUGGCUUCGUAUAAGAAGACUCCGUCUCUAAUCAUUCUGGAUCUGAUGAGAUUGUUGUGGAGGACUUCACAGCACCAUGCUAGCCAUUAUUAUAUGAAUAUUUGUAGCCUUAAUAAUUAAGUAAUUUAACAGUGUUAAAGACGCUGUUAUGCUAACAGAGCUGUGAAACUCUGAGCAGGCUAAAAAAAAAAAUAGUUCAAAGAAAUGGGUAUCUCAUUCCUGUAGCCAUGUUCUUAGACACAACACAUUUGCCAGCGUGGUUUUUCGUUAUGGUUAAGCGAAUUUAAGAUAAAUUGAACAAUGCAUAAAUUUGAGCGGUGUUUUGUAACUCCUCUUUGAUCGGUAUCAUUAAACAUGUUUUCUGUGCUCUUAAACUUGAAGGCUAGGCUUACCCUCCAGGAAAUGAAGUCAGCUCUGUCGUGAGAUGUGCAGCUGAAUGCUGUGCAGUGGGAAAUUCACCUUUUGACAUCUCUGUGUCAGAACAUUCAGCCAUCUGAUAAAUACGUGCUGCUAUAGCAUGUGGAAAGAAAUAGAUGCGUUUGCAUUCAAAAUAGAAAUAGAAAAAUGGAAGCUGUCAGUGUAAGCACUUGAAAUUAAAGUUAGCUUCCUUGGAGUUGCGUAGACCUCAGAGAUUCAGCAGAGAUGUUAAAUGUAUGGUGGUAGCUGGAAUCUCAAGAAUUUCUCAAUCAGGAAAUUGCAUGAAGUCCUAAGGUACGUCGUUCUUGACCAAUCGUUUAAAAAGAAAUAAAUACAUAUAUUUUUAAGUUACAUAUUUUGUUGCAUUCCGGGAUUGUGUGUUGAGGAAAUACUUCUCCAUUUGAGUAGGUGGUGACAGAAUUUGCUUGAUGGUUGUAUCCUUUGGUUUGGGAGCUUGAAAUAAGUAAGACACACAGCAAGGCUGCAUAGCCAAAAGGCUGGGACAUUCACAAAAAGACAAGACCUUGUUUAUGGUAGAGAUGUGUAUUUUUAUAUGUAAUAUAUAGAUUAUUUAAAUAUAGACUAUCUUAAAGUGAGAUUCACUGACAAAAAGUGUGCUGUAUCUUGAAUGUAAAAUUACAAUCAUUUGCUAUUGGAAAGUAUUGAUGCUUUAAAAAUGAGAACUGUAUUGGUAACAGAAGAAGAGCUUCAUUUGAAAGAAGCGUGGCCUCGGUUUCUGACAGAAAAAUAAGGGUAUUGAUAUUUUUGAGAGGUUGUCUCAUGCUGAAAACAUUCGUUAUAAAGUUGCGCCGACCUUUUUAUUUUUAAUAUUUGCAGGCGAUGCAUCUUCAUUCAGUCUUGACUAUACUAAGCAACAGGUUAGCCCUAUUUAUGCAAACAGUAGAACUGCUUACUUGUCAGGGAUUUCAAGAUUUAAGCGUUCAAUAAACUCACUUUCUGUUUAAAGAGAAAACAAACCCAGUCAUUUGCACUGAAGGCUUGCUUUUUGUAACGAUCAGAUGUGUAAUCUAUUUUUUUAACUUAAUUUUCCUCGCAGUUGCACUUUGUAGUUGGUCACCGGUUUACUAAAGCACGAAGACGCGAUCAGUGUAGUAGAGGAUGCUUUCGGUAGCUGACAGAGCAGUGCUUUCCUGAAGUGCCAUGGCUUCCUUGCCGCUCCAAACGUUUUGCAGAUGUGGGUAAGGCCGGCUGACCCCAUGGCUCUGGGGUGGUUUUCCUGGGGCAUUCGCUUUCUCUGUAGGCGAGGGGUAAGGUAAGGGUAUGCACUUGGCUGCAAAGAAACCGGCGUCUUUGGAGUUCACCUCCUGGCCUGUCCACCCCAACUCCUUCAUCUGCCUGUGCUUUUAAUGUACGUGUGAAACGUCUGGCUUAGCUCUUACUCCUUACCAUUGUGUUAGGUGUUGUUUUUUUUUUUUUAAAGAUAACGAUACCAAUUUGUAAAGGUUUCAUGUUUUCCUUACUUUUAAGGAAAUAUUUUUUGCCUUCAAAACUAUCACCGUUGGGAGAUCAUCAGAAGUGUUAAUAAGCACAGGUACAAUGCAAGGAUGAGUACAAUCACAAUUAUUUUUGUAAGUUGCUGGGGAGGAGCUUGAAGUAUAGCACAAAUCUGCAAGCUUGCUCUUUUUAACUAUGUUUUGCAGAUGUGCUAGUAAUUGCACUGAGCAUAUGCAGUAGACAACUCGUAUGUAAUGGUUUUCUGCCUUCUUUCUAAGCAUGAUUACAGAGGACAAUUACAGUGUAUAUCUUGUUUUCUGUAACGUUGCUGCCUGUUUAUAACCAUGUACUUAACUUUUACUUUUGUCACUCGACACCAACGUAAUAAAGCUCCUUGUAAACUACAUGACCUAGAAAUAAAGAAGGAAACGUUUAAUGAAA